AUGUUCCCUACUGAGGGUGACCCCACUGGCGGUAUGAUCUUGCCCCUGAUGUUCAACAACUUUCUUGAUGCGCUUCGAUUGCCGCAAUAUGGGAUUGACCUAAUCGAUACAGAUCCAGAAUACUGGACGGAAACAGAGUUAAAGCGGUGGCUGAAGCUGAGGGAUUUAACACCUGACACCAAAAUGGCCAGAGCGGAACUUCUGGAACGCGUCAAGGCGAAUAUGAGACCCCAAACGACUUCUUGA